AUGGCGGCGGGAGAUGAUACCACACCGACCGAAACACCGACCGUCACCGUUGCUCAGCUGGAGGCUCUCACAGCUCAGAUGAAGCAGAACGAAGAACGACUUGCGCAAAUCCAGGCGGAGAACGCAACCCUACGAGCAGAAAACGCGUCAUUGGCUCAGGCUCGCAAUAGAUAUCGAGAACCGGUUCCUCCUAUGCAAUCGUUCGACACUCCACCACUUACGGGUGCAACAGGAGCAACCCUAGGAGCAGGAGCUACCGACGCUGCGCAAGGUAACCAAACAUUGGUUCCACCCCUUGCACCAACGAUGGAACAUCAAUCUGAAGACUCGCAUACUAUGUUCUCAAAGCGAUUGGAGGCUAUGGAGCUCUUGCUCGCGCGACUUCCAGGAGUAGCUCCUCCAAUCACCAAAAGUGCUCCUAAUUGCUAUGCAGACACUCCCUUCACGGAUGCCAUGCGUUGGUUGAGAUGCCAAAGAAGUUCAUCGUCCCUUCAAUGA